GGAGGAGGAAGGUUUAUCCAGGCGCUGCUGGGGCCGGGAUUUGGCUGGGCCCGGUGUGUGUGUGUGUUGAGGGAGUGUCGGUGCCGGCCCGCCGGCCCGCCCGCCCGCCAUGUUGCUCACCGUGUACUGUGUGCGGCGCGACCUGAGCGAGAUCACCUUCACCCUGCAGGUGGACUGCGGCCUCCAGCUCAACACCUUCCGGGCGCUCUGCGAGAUGGAGAGCAACAUCCCCGCCGCCGAGAGCCAGAUAAUCUUUGCAGAGAGGCCAUUAACAGAUGAUCGUAAGACACUGAAAGCGUACGGACUCAAAGAUGGCGAUGUAUUGGUGUUGAGACAGUUGGACAGAGAUUCAGUGCAGUCUAAUGUACCACUUCCAGGUGUAUCAGGACUUCCCAGGAUUGACUUCAGUGGUAUCUCGGUGCCUCGAUCACUGGCUCCCGGGAAUCCAGUGCCAACUCCUAGAUCACAGGCGCCCCAACCACUGCCAACUCCCAGCACCUCUGCAGCUUCUGCUCCUGCUGUGCCACCUCCACACAGUCUGGAAAAUAACCCAGCGUUACUCCGGGACAUGCUUCUGGCCAAUCCACAUGAGCUUUCGCUGUUGAAGGAAAGGAACCCUCCAUUAGCAGAUGCACUUCUUAGUGGAGAUGUUGAUAAGUUUACCAAGGUUCUUCGAGAGCAGCAGCAGGAGCGUGCACGUCGGGAGCAGGAGAGGAUCCGACUUCUGAAUGCCGACCCCUUUGACCUGGAGGCACAGGCCAAAAUUGAGGAAGACAUCCGACAGCAGAACAUCGAGGAGAACAUGACAAUUGCAAUGGAAGAAUCGCCGGAGAGCUUUGGUCAGGUGGUAAUGCUCUACAUCAAUUGCAAGGUUAAUGGGAACCCAGUCAAAGCAUUUGUAGAUUCAGGGGCACAGAUGACAAUCAUGAGUCAGGCGUGCGCGGAGAGGUGCAACAUUAUGCGCUUGGUUGAUAGACGGUGGGCGGGGAUCGCGAAAGGUGUUGGAACACAAAAAAUCAUUGGCAGAGUCCACCUGGCCCAGAUUCAGAUUGAAGGCGACUUUCUCCCUUGCUCCUUCUCUCUACUGGAAGAUCAGCCGAUGGAUAUGUUGCUUGGACUGGACAUGCUCAAAAGGCAUCAGUGUUCCAUCGACCUGAAGCGUAACGUGCUGGUCAUUGGCACCACAGGAACAGAGACACGCUUCUUAUCUGAAGCAGAACUGCCAGACUGUGCCCGGAUGGCAUACGGCAUGCCACGAGAUGAUCUUCAGCCCGAAGAACUAGCGGAUCAGGAGCUGGCUGAGGCCCUGCACAGAUCAGCAGAGGAAUCCGGACACCAACGUCACUGAUGCAUGUUGCACUUUUGCUGCCCUUGAAGAUGAUUACAGUCCAGGAACAGAAAACGGCAAAACUACCUCAUUGGAGAGUCCUUCAUUACCAGCACCUCAUCAUCUUCAUCAUCCUCUUCCUGAUACGAGAAGUGACCUAUCUCAAGUCCCCCGACCCCAAUAUCACUUGGACCAUUCUCUUUCUGCCCCCGCUAACCUUCCCCCACAAAGCCAGAACAAACUUGAAUUUUCAGAUGUAAAAAGCUUUCAGGACCCAGAGUGCAUGGAAACGGAGGCGGAAUACCUGAAACCUUCAGGGUCCUCAGAUAAUCUGUUGACUUCUCCGUCUCCGGAUGGUCUGUCUGCUAAUUCUCAGUCCUCACUAGGAGGAAAGCACACGCCGCAAUAUGAAAAUGUCCACAGCAGCCCACAGCACACUCUGAAACAUCCAAGUUCGGAUACUGGCAAUGAAUUUCUGCCAAAGCGUAUAUUAACUGACCCGUGUUCACACAAGUACGAUAUGCAGGAAGAGCAUACUCUUCAAAAUUUAAGACCUCAAACUCAACUGCAAAACCUAAACCAAGAAAGAAUGGAUCUGGAGGAGCCACUAUUAAGAAACGUUGGCGGGUUUUCUCAAACUGCACCAUCAAAUAAUGCUUCUGUGUUUGAUGCAGUUGGAGAAGACACAUCAGCCCAAGAAUCCUCUACUGAUGGUCCCCAGUACAUUGAAGUGCAGCCACACCGUGUAAUUGGAGAGGAAAUCCAUGGCUCAGAGGCUGUCAAUGAACCCACUGAGAUAGAUCUCAGGAUAGAUGAAGAUGAUCCAAGUAGUACAAAGGAAACUGAGGUCGGUAAAAAAUUAUCAAAUGAUCCUUUAAUUGGGAACGCUGAAACCUGUGAUCCUGGAAUAGUGAGCGUUGCAGAAAAACACGGAGAAGAUCUUGGAUAUGCGACGUCAACAAAGUCACACGCCAACAGGCACGGGGAAAAGGUCCUUGUUUCAGAAAAGGAAUUUAAGGAAAAUAGUUUUAGUCCAAACUCCUGCACACCUCAGGUGGAUGGACCUGUUGAGUUUACAAAUGGAGACAUGGGAGAGAAGUCUGAAGCUCUUCUUGUUGCUGAGAAAAAGCAAGAGGAGGCGCGUUUGUUUACUGAGAUUGAAACGUCUCGCGAGCAGCAGGGUGCGACUUGGGCAUGUGAUCGGCUGGAUUCCCACCAAUCUCCAGUGGCCACUUUAUUUGAAUUGCAUCGUGAGUUGGUCUCCCGUCGGGACACUCCCUUGAAGUUGUCAGCCAAAUUAGAGGACAAUAAUCAGUCAGUCACGACAAAUCAGGAGGAGAGUGUUCAACUAAUGCAAGUCUCUAAAGAAUGUUCGGAGAUCGAUGCCUUGAGUGAGGUAUGUAUUAACGCAGUGCCGGCAGCCCAAACGGAAAACAAACCCAUGUUAACUGCUGAUUCUGAGACGUCUUCAGUAAGAGACAAUUUAGAGUAUUCUAAUCAGUUUACAACAGAACUGCCCAUCUGUGGGUCACAUGAUGAAUCUGAGGAAAUUCUGAUAGCAAAAACAAAUGACGUGGAUGGAGGCUGUAUUUUUGUGUCAAAAAAUCUAACUAAUGAAAUGGAUGUUUCCCCCACUGACGAACUGAUGGAGACCCGAGAACUAUCAUUACAGAGCCUAGCGCAUGCAUCUGACACUGCUGUGGGGAAAAGUAGUCCCAUCUCUCAAGGUACUGAGAUGCAUUUGAGGUCACACAAUGAAGGUUGCGGUCCAGAGAUUGCAGCUGAUUCAAUGAUGUGUGAAGGGACUGUGGAGGCCAGCGCGAUCCAGCCUGACGGGCGUUCUCUGGACAGUCCAGUAGAACGGCAUCCUUCAGAUUUACCAAACCUGAGUUUCCCAGCAGCGAACAUUGAACGAAUAAGAACAUCGGGGUUUACUCGGCAGGAAGCAGUGGAAGCUCUUGACCGCUGUCAUGGAAACACAGAUCUGGCACUUCUGGUGCUUCUGGCAAAAGGAAUCGUGGUUCCGACAUGAAGGAAUUCAAUGUGCAACGGUUGCGCAGUAACGAGCUGGAACUGUUCAGACACAUGGGUCGUCAAAUGGGUGCAUCUUUAAUUGAAGCAAAGGAAGUUUAAUCAGAGUCACUUUUUUUAGUAUUGGAAUAACCAGUUUUAACAGCUGAUUCUCAUCAUCUCCAACAAACCUGUUUUAGGUUAUAGCAGCAUUUUCUGUGCCAUCCUGGGUUCAUUUAACCCACUCCAGCAUAUCCACGGGUAUCCAUAACCCAAACAGCGCCUAAUAUUUAAAUAUUGUACCUAACGCUACUUAGAAUUGCAAAUGCCUACAGUUUUUUUUUUAACUGAAUGUCUUCAAAGAUGGAACAGCAAGAUAAAGGAGGGAAGUUUUGCGUUGAAAUCCUUGGGAAGAUGAUUUACUUGUGUGCAGAGUAUUCAUGGUGGAAUCAUGUUAGACUUUAAAAUCCGUGCAAGGUCAGGAAAUGUCUACAUUGGAUUUAUAGGUUUGGGUGUUUGAUUUGAUUAAAGGGAGAAAUAGAAAAUUCCUAUCAUGUUUCCUCCAUUAAAGUUUAUGUACUUCACCCUCUUA